CUUAUUCAUUCCUUUCUAGAUUUCAAGUAUCGUUGCUUGCUUCUGAUCAAGGUAUUUGGCGAUUUUCUUUUACAAUUAACCUAGACAUGGCCAAAGACGGACCCAACUGGGAAGGGUUGCUCAAAUGGAGUCUCGCUCAUUCUGAUGGAACUCGACCUACUGGCAAUUUAAGUGAGGAGGACCGAAGAUGGUUUAUGGAAGCGAUGCAAGCGCAGACUGUUGAUGUCAUAAAACGUAUGAAAGAGAUUACUCUUGUUAUGAAAACUCCAGAGCAAGAAUUGGAGGCUCAAGGAGUUACCCCUGCUGAAAUUGAAGAUAUGCUGGAUGAGUUGCAAGAACAUGUGGAAUCCAUAGACAUGGCAAAUGAUCUUGACUCUAUUGGUGGUUUGGUUCCUCUUCUUGGCUACCUUAAGAACCCUCAUGCAAAUAUUCGAGCAAAGGCUGCAGAUGUUGUGACCACAAUAGUCCAGAAUAACCCACAAAGUCAGGAGCGGGUUAUGAAAGCAAAUGGUUUUGAACCUCUUAUUGCUAAUUUGAGUUCAGAUCCUGAUGUUAAGGUUCGAACUAAGGCACUUGGUGCAAUAUCUUCAUUGAUUCAUCACAACAAAAAAGGAAUCACUGCAUUUCGGCUUGCAAAUGGUUAUGCGUCCUUAAAAGAAGCCUUAUCCUCUGAAAAUGUGAGGUUUCAAAGGAAAGCUCUGAACUUGAUCCAUUACCUGUUGCAUGAGAAUAGUUCAGACCGCAGCAUACUGCAAGAACUAGGAUUUCCUCGUCUGAUGAUACACCUUGCCUCCAGCGAAGAUGCAGAUGUCAGAGAAGCUGCUCUUCGAGGCCUUCUUGAGCUGGCUCGCAAUGAGAAAGACGGUGCCCCUAGCAUACUAGGGGAAGAUGAUGAUAAAAUGAAGCAACUUCUUCAAGAACGGAUAAAUGGUAUUGGUUCAAUGUCAGCCGAGGACCUUGGGGCAGCCAGGGAAGAAAGGCAUCUUGUGGACUCUCUGUGGCGUACGUGCUUUAACGAGCCAUCUUCACUUGGAGAGAAAGGUCUUCUUGUUCUUCCCGGAGAAGAUGCACCCCCACCAGAUGUUGCUAGCCAACAUUUUGAGCCUCCUCUUAGGGCCUGGGCUGCAAAUCCAAAUUUGACUAAAGACUCUGGUAGUGAGAAGAGUAAGGCCCCUUUGCUUUUAGGGCCAGGACCUUCACCUACUCCCCCCAAUGAUCGAGACAGCUCAAGUAGAGGACCGGACGCCAAUGCCCAGAGAGAUCCUCCUCAAUAAAAAUGUUAACUCGUUUUGUCAGUUUUUGUGUUUCUGGCUCGCUGUGUGGGUACUCUUACACUAUCCUACAGUGAACAUGUAAUCUUUCUUUCCUUCAUUCCGUAGGUUGGUUUUUCUUCGAAUUUUCUAGAAUGAUUGCGCGAUGUAUCUCUAAUAUUUGCCUUCCAUUAAUACGUAUAGUUUUAAGCUUCACGGGAAGGAAUUUGCUUGAAGUCUUGAUUUUGAGUUGUAAACGCAUAGCCCCGAUAAAUUAACCUGGGAAAA